AUGUACAGUAACUCACGGUUCAGUGCUGCACCUUCGGAACAUUCAGCAUCUUCAAUAUCCGCCAGCGCUGAAAAAGCAGCAAUACUAGCAACCACUGCCACAGUGCCCAACUACCUCUGGGACAAAGACCCUGAUCUCGACGACGCUCUCCAUAACCCAGAUCCCGUCCGGGAUGCCAAAUUAGACCGUUCUUUUACGUUUUUUUCUGCCAGAGGCUGGGCUAAUGCCGGCGCACUUUUUAUCCUCAUUCUUGCUAUUAUAACUCUUUUCGCUGGAUACCCCAUCAUCGAUAAUUUCGCCCAUCCACAAGCAACGAUCACUGGUUUCAAUCUGGGCGGAAUCAACGGCACAGGCCAGAUUCCAGAUUUACCAGGAAUGCCGUCUCUCAUAGACACAGAUACGCCGAGCUCUGCGUACAGUCGGACAGGAAGCGAUGGAAAAACGUAUAACCUUGUCUUCAGUGACGAGUUCAAUAAAGAGGGGCGCACGUUCUACCCUGGUGAUGAUCCCUACUGGGAGGCCGUAGAUUUACAUUACUGGCCCACUGGUGAUUUGGAGUGGUAUGACCCUGGGGCUAUAACAACCAAAGGUGGUCAGCUUGUGAUCACAUUGACUGAAGAAGACAGUCACAAUCUCAACUUUAAGAGUGGCAUGUUACAAUCGUGGAAUAAGCUUUGUUUCAUGACUGGAUAUAUCGAGGUUGCUAUCAGUCUUCCUGGAUCACACGAUACUCCUGGUUUCUGGCCUGGUGCGUGGACGAUGGCGAAUUUGGGACGAGCGGGCUAUGGUGCGACAACUGAAGGAACAUGGCCUUAUAGCUACGAUAGUUGCGAUCUAGGGACAUACCCCAACCAAACCAACAAAGCUGGAACUUCGCCCGAGGGUGCUCUCACUGGAAACAGUGGAAACCCUAUCAGCUACCUACCUGGCCAGCGUUGGUCAGCCUGCACUUGUUCCGGUGGCGAUCAUCCUGGUCCAAGCGUCAGCACAGGUCGCGGUGUACCCGAAAUCGAUAUCAUUGAAGCUCAGAUAGACGUGAACAACGAUUUCAAAGGUCAAGUGUCACAGAGUUUCCAAAUUGCUCCAUUCAAUUAUGACUACCAAAUCGAUAAUUCGACAACCACCUUCUAUGAUGAUACAUUGACAGAGUUUAACUCUUACCAAGGGGGUCAAUACCAACAAGCUGUUUCGGCACUUACAUACAUUCCUGACACGGCUUAUGGAAACCAGUCCUUCAUCAAGUACGGAUACGAAUGGUGGUCCAAUCCCGACUCCCGAUCUGAAGGAUACAUCACCUGGUACAGCAAUGGAAAAGAGUCAUGGACACUACCUGCUUCUGCUAUCGGUGCUGAUAGCGUUACUGAGAUCAGCAAUCGUUUGAUUCCUGAAGAGCCUAUGUACAUGAUCCUAAACUUGGGCAUGUCCCCAAAUUUCCAAGCGCAGGAUUUCAUGCACAUGCAAUUCCCGGCACAGAUGCUCGUUGACUAUGUCCGUGUAUAUCAACGCGCAGGACUUAAGGGCAUGUUUACUUGCGAUCCAAGCACGAGGCCAACUGCGGACUAUAUUAACAACCACAUCACAGCUUAUAACGAUGCAAAUCUCACUACAUGGGCCGACGCAGGAUACACAUUCCCCCGAAACUCACAAUACGAUGGGUGCUGA